AUGGACCCAAGAGAAAUUGGCUUAUGUGCAUUAUUUUGUGGUGUUGAACAUGUAAGCGAAGCCGUCAAAAGAAAUCGCCUUGAAGUUGAAGCUUUUACUUCCCUAAUUACUUAUGAGUCUUCUCCAUGCUUCGAAAAGCUUAGAACUACCUUGAUAGAUGUUGUAACAAGCAUAGGUGAAGAAAAAACAAGUGCAAUGCUAUCAAUUUCUCCUGAAGCUUUAAAGAUCAUAACCACUCAGAAGUUAAAUAACUCAAAAAACAAUUCUACAAAGCAAGCUACUCCCAAAAAAAAUAUUCAUGCACCCAAGCCACCAAGCAUUGACUAUUCAAAUACAGAAUCUCUUAAAGACCGAAUUGUUAGGCUCUAUAAUGCUGGUGUCAGAAUAAAAUGUAUUCAAGGAUUAUAUGACUUACAAAGCCCAGGCCUUAUACAUAGUCUUUGCAAUUGGACUCGUUGUGAUGCCGAAACCGUUGAAAAGCUUAAAAAUAAGCGUCAAGAAAUACUUAAUUUGAGAAAUGAGGGAAAAACUGAUGAAGAAAUAAUCGCACAACUGAAAAUUGCCCAUCAAAAACUUAAAGAAAUUGCAGGCGAUUUUAAUCGAACAAAAUUAUUCUUUACCAAACAAGAUAUAGAAGAUGCUAAAGACCUUGCAAAAAUUCUAAAAAAUAGAGAUAAAGCUGCAAGAGAAUUAGGAAUUUCAGGCGUGAUUUUUAGGAAAUGAAUCGAUGGGAAAAUUGAAACUUUGUGGGAAACUGAAAAUGGGGAGGAGCCUCUCAAAAAGUUAGCAUUGCUAGAGAAUUAUUUUAUUAUGAAAAAUGUCGAAAAAGCUGCUAAAAGUGCAAAUGUGGAUUUAUUGAGAGCUGGGAGAUGAAUAAAACAAUUUGAAAAAAAAAUGACAGAACUGAAUGAAAAAUUAUUUAAAAGGCCUAGGAGAAAACAUACUGAAGAAGGAGGAGUUGAAAAUGAAGAUGGGGAGCCAGAAAAAAAGCAAAAAAUCGAAGAAAAUACUCCGAGUGAUUGUACUGAAGAUGACAGUGAGUCAUAG